UGCCCAGCCCAAGUGCCGCCACCGCUUCUGCAAGGCACUCGAUCCACCGCAACACCGCGCUGCCCCUGCUGCAAAUCACUGUCCACCAGAGGGGCGUCAUGGGCUUCCAGAAGUUCUUCCCCUUCCUGGCUCUCAGCAUCUUGGUCCUGUACCAGGCAGGCAGCCUCCAUGCAGUGCCAUACAGAUUGGACCUGCAGAGCAGCCCAGACCAGGUUACACUCAGUGAGGAGGAAGCGCGCCUCCUGCUGGCUGCACUGGUGCAGGACUAUGUGCAGAUGAAGGCGAGUGAGCUGGAGCAGGAGCUGGAGACAGAGGGUUCCAGCAUCACUGCCCAGAAGAGAUCCUGCAACACUGCCACCUGUGUGACUCACCGGCUGGCAGGCUUGCUGAGCAGAUCAGGAGGUAUAGUGAAGAAUAACUUUGUGCCCACCAAUGUGGGGUCUGAUACCUUUGGCCGGCGUCGCAGGGACCUUCAGGCCUGAGCAGCUAAAUGCCUCCAGGAAGAAGGUCACAAGGAAGCCAACGUCUACUUCUUUUAAUGCGCAAUGAAAGCAAUGAUGAAAGCAAUUUGUAGGCGAGGCUCUGUGGAAGACAUCCAUAUUUGCAUCCUCCUUGAUAUUGAAAACUAUCUUCCUUGUUUGCAAGGAACUAAAGCUAAAUGCUGAAUAAGCUCAUUGCAGUUACAUAUUGUCCAUUGUUCCCAUAUUUGAUUCCACAUCCAACAAAUAUGAUAGCACGUCUCUUUGGCUUAUCUGGUAGCAAAUGUGGCUCUCUGAACCAUCCUGC